UCUUCCCAGCCUGAUAACAAAGUUCAACAUGUUCAAUCAGACGGACUGAGGAGGUAUAAAGGAGAUGAGCAGAGCCGUCAGAGCGUUUUUGUGUCUGCAGGCUGACACCAUGAUUCAGGCUCUGCUCCUCCUGCUGCUGCAGCUUGCAUACGUUUUCGGGUGUGGCACACCUGCUGUAAAGCCGGACACCAGCAGGGUGGUGAACGGAGAGGAUGCUCGCCCCCACAGCUGGCCCUGGCAGAUCUCCCUGCAGGUGAAGCACGGCAGCCGUUACCAUCACACCUGUGGAGGGACUCUGAUCGGACCCCGCUGGGUGCUGACGGCUGGACACUGCAUCUGGCCUGGAGACGUGUACCGUGUGGUCCUGGGAGAGCACAGCAUGAGUCUGCAGGAGGGCACCGAGCAGAUCAGAGAUGUUCUGCGUAUCAUCGUGCAUCCACAGUGGGACAUCGACUUUGUGUCUGACGGAAAUGAUAUGGCUCUGCUGAAGCUGGAUAAAAGCCCCAUCAUGGCCGACAGCGUCGGUGUAGCUUGUCUGCCUCAGGCCGGAGAGAUCCCUGCUCACGGAGCAUCGUGCUACAUCUCCGGCUGGGGAAACCUUUACUCUCAUGGUCCCAUGCCUGAUAAGCUGCAGCAGGCCCUGCUUCCUGUGGUGGAGUACAGCGUGUGCAGCCGCAGCGACUGGUGGGGCAUCAACGUCAAACCCAGCAUGAUCUGUGCAGGAGGAGACAUCGUGGCUGGAUGCAACGGAGACUCCGGCGGUCCACUCAACUGUCUGGGUCAGGAUGGCAGGUGGUACGUUCAGGGCGUCACCAGCUUCGUCUCCUCUCGUACCUGCAAUGAAGUGAAGAAGCCGACCGUGUUCACCCGCAUCUCCGCCUUCACAGACUGGCUCAGUGAGGUAAUGCUGAAAUACUGAGAGUCUACUCCAAAUCAACUCAUCAACUCUGGAAUAUAAUGACACCCAAAGUUUCUCUGUUAGUUUUUUUCAGUUUCAUGUUAAACACCGAUCAAAAAUGUAAUUAUGAUCUUUAAUGUAAGAAUCUAAGUAAAAGAAAGAAUCAUGGUAUUACAAUCAUUGUCCCACAGUAAAAUGAA